AUGGAGAGGAGGAUUAUUACUCAGGCGCUGGUAGAUUCAGAGCGAGAUGGAGAUAGCGCUAAAGAGGAAAAUAAAGAAAAUCUGAAUCUGAUGGUGAAUCUGAUAGAGGUGAUGGAGGAUACCUUGAAGGUUAUUGAAAUCGAUUUCCCUAACAACAGUGGUACACCGAGCAAAAUCACUAAGAAGAUUGAGAUUACAACUCCGGUUAGGGUUUCAACUCCAAAAAGUUGGGAUAAUAAGGAUAAUCUGGAUGAGGGACCUAAGGUGGAAACCAAGGGGAAGCCAUGGGUGGUCGUAAUUCAAGGCAAUAGGGAUCUCAACAGAGGCAUGUCUGUAGAAUUUGUUGCAACAAAAGUGGUAAAUGGAGAAGUUGAAGUUACCAUCGAGGAAUUAGAUGUAGAAGACGAAUUGCACUAUUGGGAACCUGCUUUGAUACUCUUUGCACUUGGAAAGGCUCUGUCCAUGAACGCUGUUAAAAAAUUCAUGGAGAAGGUUCUUCAUUAA